GUAUAUAACCAGCAUCUGCAGUUCCUACCUACACUUGUAUCCAAUCCGCGACGUGAUUUUCUGCAGCAACAACUCCAGCGAAAGGCGGCGGAAUAAAAUUGCACCCGGGGGCGCCGCGCCGGGCAGACUGCAGUCGGAUUUAAUGUCAGUGGCAGCAUGCAGCACCUCACCGCAGUAUUCCUGACGUUGCUUCUACUUUUAACCGAGCGGGCCGGUGGCCGGCAUUGCUCUUCCCCGUGUGAAUGUCCUGAGGAGCCGCCACUUUGCCCAGCGGGGUCGCGGCUGGUGCUGGACAAGUGCGACUGCUGCCGUGUGUGUGUCAAGCAAGCGGGCGAGCCGUGCUCGGUCAAUGACCGCUGCGACCACGUCCAGGGGCUGCAGUGCGAUUACAGCGCCGACAGCCCACACCGCCUCGGCGUUUGCAUCGCACAUGAAGGUAAUAUCUGCAUGUAUGAUGGUGUCAUCUAUCGGAAUGGAGAAACCUUCCAACCAAGCUGCAAGUAUCAGUGUUCCUGCAGAGAUGGUUUAAUUGGUUGUGUACCCCGCUGUAAUUUGGAUAUCCUCCUCCCUGGCCCUGACUGUCCAUUUCCCAAACAAGUACAGAUGCCAGGAGAGUGCUGCGAAGAGUGGGUGUGUGACCAUAAACAGGACAGUCCUCUUGAAGAACUUGCUCUGCAAGUUUACAGACAGGAGGUGACCCAUGAAUUGGAUCUGCAUAAUCCUGGUGUGAACUGCAUACAGCAGACAACACAGUGGAGUGCCUGCUCCAAAACCUGUGGCAUGGGUAUUUCCACCCGCGUUACCAAUAAAAACCACCAUUGUGAUAUGGUUAAGGAGCUGCGGCUUUGUGAGGUUCGACCAUGCGGUGAUUAUAAAGUCACAGCCAAAAAAGGAAAGAAGUGCAUCCGCACAUCAAAAGCAACAAAACCAACUCGUUUUGUGUACAAUGACUGCUCUAGCAUACAGUACUUUAAACCUAAAUAUUGCGGAGUCUGCACUGACAGAAGAUGCUGCACACCUCACAACACCAGAACGUCUCAGCUGGACUUCAAAUGUGCAAGCGGACUAAUUAUUAAACAACAGAUGAUGAUCAUUAACACCUGUGUCUGCCAUUAUAACUGCGCCCAAGACGACACUGCUCUUCAAAUGGAACAAUUAUCAAGGCCUUGAAUAUUUGCCUUGUACUUUCAUAGCUGGUUAUUGCAGCAUUGGGGUUUUUUUUAACAUAUGUCUAAAUAAUCUUUAAACACAUUGAGUUGGAGUUUGUUUGUGAAAUAGUUUUCGUUUCACAUACUGUAAAUAGUAAAACUGAUCUAGCAUUAUUACAUUGAGAAUUAUGUCUGUACAGUUCCUGUUAAUGCUAUUAAAAUAUAUUUUUAUAUAAA